AUGCUUGCGCUAUUUGCUUUCCUAAUACUUGCCCUCCAGCAUGCUAGCGCCGACAGCUUCUCCAAGUUGGGCUGUUUCAAACAGUCUGAUCUACUGUCCUACUUGUCUAAAGAGGACUCAUUCAUGUAUCAGUCCCUGGGUCACUGUCAGGGCGCCUGUCAGGGCAAAGCCGUGGCAGCUCUCAUCGACGGUAAGAACUGCUACUGUGGGCUGUCAAUCCCAGAACUGAGCCUUGAGGUUUCCAGCUCAAACUGUGAUUCGCCUUGUCAGGGUUACGACAAAGAGAACUGUGGUGGCAGCGGGUACUUCGACGUUUAUGUCAACGCCGAUGUUGAAGCGUCCACCGUGGGCGCCUCCUCCUCGUCGUCGUCGUCGUCGUCGUCGUCGUCGUCGUCGUCCAAGACUACAUCUUCCUCCUCAAGCUCAACUUCCUCGUCAAGUUCAACGUCCACCACAUCCACAUCGUCAUUCUCGUCAUCUUCCGCAUCGUCAUCUCCAUCAACUUCCGCCACGUCUUCGUCCUCGCUGUCGGAAUCCUCGCCCCUGACAACGGAAUCGUCGCUGUCGUCUGAAAAAGCCGAUUCUGCCAGCGUCACCACCCUCGUUUCCACAGCAACUGCCAACCCUAGCAGAACCAGGAGCUCCUCUGUUGUUGAAGUUACCACCACAAUAAGGUCUGGUGCGUCAACGCUGGCUUCCUCUCUGAAUCUGCCAAAUCACAAAGAAUCCGACUCGGGCUCGAAGUCUUUGUCGGGCGGAAGCAUUGCAGGUAUUGUCAUUGGCUGUGUUGCUGGUGUGGGUCUACUAGCCGGACUAAUUAUAUUUUUCUUUUGGUGGAGGCGCCGGAGAGAGGAAGAGGAUGACGAUGACGAGCAGUUUUUCGACAUGGGCGGUAACAACGACAAAUCGUUCAAUCUGAUGGCACCAAACCCAUUCGUUGCUGGAGGUGCAGCAGCUGCUACGCAAGGCGGGCACGCUCACAAUAACUCUAACACUACCAGGUCGUACUCCUCAAACAACGAAGAUGCAUUCUUCUACGAGGCACGCAACCCUAAUAAUCAAGCUCCUCCCACAGAGGAUUAUUUGAGGCCGCCAGAAGAGUUCGGCCGCCGACGCCUAUCAAACGGGUCGUUGCCUGAUAUGGUUCAGCGCAAUCCCGGAUCAUUGAAAGUUGUGAACACGUAA